UUUAAUAAUUAAAAAAGGGUCCGGCUCUCUCUCUCAACAAAACCUCCAAAAACACUGAUCUUCAAUCCUUCGAAAACCUCACAAAUUCUUCUCCAUCUUUUUUUCUUUGUCUUCUUCAAGAAUGUUGAUCCUUAAUUUGUCCAACAACAAUUUCCCAGCACCCAUCAUAGAAGAUAACUCCAUCAAUUUCCCCCUGCUUGAAUUUGACCUACAACUCCAAGAUUCUCCAACAAUGGUUGUUUGUUAAGGAGAUGAGAGGUUGAAGUCGCCGUGUGGGAUGGGAUCUGACUUCUUGGCUAAUCUGAGAAGAAGGACGAAUAAGAGCAGAAGGAGGGGCGACUGGCAUUGGAUGAACCGGGAAGGCAUCGUCGGUGGUUUAACUGCUCGAAGAAAUAAGGAAAAACAAAAGCAGUGGUGGUGGAGUGUGAUCUGGUGGUAACAGAUCUAUUGAGGGAGGAGGAGCCCGUUUUUCGAAGAGCUGAUAAAAAAAACUGGAUCAUCGGAUCUAAACAACCAUCUAAUGGAUCUACAAGGAUCUGGUAUAGAAAAACCGAGGUACACCAAAUAUUACUCGGAUCUGAUUUGAGAACAACUAUAUCUUGAUAGAGACCUCACCAAAAGAACAAAUCAAAUGCGAAAAAAAAUUAUUACAACUCUGAUAAGAAUCUGAUCAGAUCGACGACGAAAUCAGAUGUAAUACCGACUAAUCCAUAAGAAUCAAAUACAAAAUCAACAAAGGAGAACACAAAGAUUCAUGUAAGACUCUGAUACCAACUAAAAUAUAACAAAACGUUAUUUCCUUCGAUAGAUCUUUAAGAGCUUUACAAACAAAAGAUUCGUAGAGCUGGAUCUGAAUAUUUCCACACUAACCCUUAACAAGAAAUCAACUGGUCUAGAUUAUAGUAGGUCUAUGGAGUCUUAGUCCGUAAACGAGAGAGAGAGAGAUUUUCUUUUUUAAUUGUUGUAAAAAAAAACUAACUUUAAAUGUCAAAUUUGUCAUUUUAAAUGUUUUCAAUAAUUUUGGAUUAGACACAACAAACCCUGACAGUGAUACAAUUUUAAAACUUUUUGAACUAAACAUCUCAUUUUUGACAUACCAUAAAUUUGUAGAUAUUAAUAUAUUUGUUUUACAGUAAUUGGAAAGAAAUUGAAAUACUAUUUCUUUUUUUCUUUCACGAAAAAACCGUUUAAACCAUAUUCGCUCAAACGAAACGGUUUUUGCAUCUCAACAAUAACGUGUGUUGCUUCAAUGGCAAAUCCAAAAUCUCGCAAUUGGCCUUCCUUGAGCUUUUUCACCAACCUAACCGAACCCAGAUUUCAGAUUUCACACCUCUGAUUUCCAGUUUCCCGCCAUUGACGACUUUAAAAAUGGAUUCUCUAGCAAUCUACUCUCGACUGAUUUUUUUGUGUGGAAAACAAUAGGCCCUUCUAGUGAAACAGAGUUAGGAAGCGAUGGCGGAAGCUGAACCAGAGAAGCAACAACGACAACAACGAGUCGGAGGGGGAUCAUCAAUUCUGAGGAAACCCUUUUACGAUCUCACUAACCUCAUCCCUAAACCCCACCGGCAUUCUAUUUCUACUUCAUCAUCCCAAGCGAAGAAUCCCAUAACGUCCACCGAUCCCGCCAUGUCCCUUUCCAGAACCUGCUCCACCCAAAUCCAUAGUCUCGUGCAGCAGCAAUUCGCCGCUCCGAGGGACCAACAUCCUCUUCCGACUCCUCGGACUCCGAGUCCUGUUACUCUCAAUCUCCCACACACACAAAAACGCCGGUAUGAUUCGGUUGGUGAUGGGAAGCAUCUAGCUUAUACCGGAAGCCAAACAUUGAUGAAAACUAGAAGCAAGACGAAGGCUGCUGCUGUACCUGUUUAUCCGAUUCAUCUUGAAAGAACAAUAAAUAACAUGAAGGGUAUUCCUAUGCAACCUAGAUACCCACUAAUGGAAAACACCAUUAACAUGGAGCCGCUAUCUGGGGUGAAGUUUAACAAUAAAAAGAAAGCAGUUCUGGGUUCUAGUCUUACUGAUCUUUCAAAGAAAUAUGAAGAAAAAAUGGUAGCUACACCUAUCAAUUAUGGUGCCCUGAAGAAGAAGGAUGAAGGAAAUAGUUCUAUGCGUCUAUUGAGGAGUAGAAGCAACAGGUAUGAAGUUAAUGGAGCGGAAGAUUCAUUAGAAUCUAAGUCAACAAAAGUUCAUUUUCCGAAUAACAAGAAAAGGAGCCACUCAUCAAAGAAAAGUUCCAAAAAAUUUGUAUUGCCACAAGAUUUUAUUGACCAACAAAGAGCUUACUUUAAAGAGAUUGAUGAGUAUGAACUACAAGUCGAAGAAGAAGAAGCGGAUGAAGUAUCAUCCUAAAGAAUAUAUGUAGGUGGGGCCACCUCAUGUAUUUCAAUGUCUUUUGCAUAUUCUAGGUGGAUCAAUUGUAGAUCAAAGUGUAUAAACAACAUUUUAUAGUGUGAUAUGACAUGGAAAUUACAAGUCUGGAGUGUUAUAUUUUUUGUGGGAGUUUCAAAUUUCAAUGUGGAUUGAGUUUCUUGUUGGAUUGAA